CUGGGCUGUCGAUCAAUUAAAUCCUACGAACGAAAAUAUAACGCGCGUCAUUAAUGAGUUUAAAACUUCCCAUCCACCUGUUCCUUCCAAUUUACUCUCGACGGUUUCCAAAAAAAAGGGAAAACUCUCCUCUGUCUCAUCCCUGCCAAUUUGCUCCUUGUUCGAAGAGUUGAUGAUGAUAAUCUAUCUAAAUUGCGAUCAAAUUUCUGUGUAAUCGAUCAACAAAUUUUCAGAGGCUGAUUAUAAGGUUCGGUUUUCACCUAGUUUUUGCAAUCGCAUAUCCAGUAGCUGAGGAUUAGAAAGAUGCGUGACAAAAAGAUUAACAAAUUUGGCCAAGAGGAUGAUUCAAGGGGACUUGAAUUAAGUACCUAUGUUGUAAAAGCUCCAAGGAAAACACAAGUGAAAACUCUUGAAGUGUCUAAGCCGCGUGUUUGUAAAAGCACGGCAAUCGAGAAAGCCGCACCAAACAUCUACACACAAAGUCAAAGUACUCUUCGUACUCGAAUGUCUCCCGCUAGUCUUUACAACAUGAUCAAAGACCUGGAUCCUAAUCAACGAAAAGCUGUCGAGGACAUUGGGUUUGGUUCUUUACUUACUCUAGGUUUUGGAGAGUUGUACUCUAAGCUAAACCUUUUUCUUGUUCAGAAUUUUGAACCAUAUGGCCGCACUUUGUAUCUACAAGAUGGGAAACUAAAUAUUGAUGUGGAGGAUGUGCAUUUGACUCUUGGUCUUCCAAUGGGUGCAAAAGUUGUGAAGGGAGCAACAAGUGAUAAUGAUACUGAGGAGUUUAGUGUGUUACUGAAUAAGUGGAGGGAUAUAUGGGGUUUGAAGACCGGCAGUCCUGAAACAAGCAAAAUGUGUCAUAAGAUUCUGAAGCUUGGAUCUGGUGAUGAUUUUAAGAGGAGUUUUGUGGUAUUUUUUGUUUCAAGUUGUUUGAAUGGUCAUAAAAGUGCAAAGUGCAAUUAUAAGAUAUUGUUUUCUUUGAUGAGAACAAAUGAGAUAAGUCAGUUGAAUUGGUGUCAGUAUACCUUGAAAAAGUUAGUAGAGGCCGUGGUGUGUUGGAGAGAAAAUCCAACUCCUAAUUUCAAGGGUUCUGUGAUAUUUCUCAUGGUAAUUAUUCCUACACACACUUAUAUAAUAUAGUUUCUGUUUUGGAACUCAUUCUUAUUA